AUGCUAUCGUAUUUUUUACAAUGUUCGACGCAAAUUGACUUUUCACAAGGAUUACGUUUGGGGUCCGCAGCACUUCGAACAUUUUUUGACAAAUUAAUAAUCAACCGAAAAUGUAUGGAAUUAAUAUUGAAUAACAGUGAUUUAGAUGAAAGUACUGUCAACCAUCUCAGCCAAUCGCUGUCGAUAAAUGAAACAAUUCAAGUUUUGAGUUUAAGUUCAUUCAAAAUCAAGGAUAAUUGUUGUCAACAUCUCGCUGAAAUGUUACGAUAUAAUCGAGAUUUAGCAUGUCUCUGUUUAUGCGAUAAUCAAAUAACUGAUCGUGGUAUGACCGAUUUGGUUAAUGCUCUUACAACAAAAAAAACAUUGAAAUGGUUAAAUGUGUUUAAUAAUUCAAUUAAUCAAUGUGUCACACCAAUAUGUGAAUUGCUAAAAGAAAAUCGCACACUACAAGGAUUUAAUCUUAGUGGUAAUAAAUUGUCAAAAGAAGGAAGAUUGAGAAUUUUUGCGGCGAUGCAUAAAAAUGCACAAAGCACAUUUGACGAAAAACUUCUGCUCGUAUAA